CAAAAUACAAGAUGGCGGCAAUAGAUAACCCUCUGGAAAUAGCAGAAGUAGUGGAAAUUGUUCUUCGUUUCCUCCCGGGAAGGUGCGUUUCAGUCGCUGCACAGGUCUGUCAUCUCUGGUGUGAAACAGUGGAGAGGAUUCGAAGAUCAAGAAGAAAAUGUGCCGUCUAUUUAUCUCCAGUUGGCUCAAGCUUCUCAGAAUUUUCCAAGGAAGCACUGGACUUUAUAAGGCAACAGCAAGUCGAACCAAGAGCUUUGAUUCUCUUUUCAGGACAGCUUCCGUCAUCCAGUGCGUCUUUUAUCAAUAACUUUUUGCAAUCAGUGCGAAGCUGUCUCCCAGUGAACUGUCCGUUGAUUGGCUGUACUGGUCUUGGGGUGAUCGGAUCAGAUGAAAGGCGACGAGGUCAGCCGCGAGAAAUAGAGAAUACAGCUGGCUUGUCUCUUUUGAUGUUUCCUCGCUGUGAUGGCCUUGAGAUCCGGGACUUCCAUAUUCCUCUUCGCAACAAGUAUAAGAGAAUAAGUGGUGUCAAAUCAUUUCUUCCUGAUAUGAACCUGCCGGUUCAGUUGGUGAUAGUGUUAGCUCAUCCUUUGUCUCUGGGUAAACUUACGCGUUUGACCAUGGCAUUAAGGUCGAAGUAUGGCGAUGACGUAAGAUACACUAUCAAAAUUUCAUUUUAACUGUAGUUAUCAUUUGUAAUUGUCUUCUUCUAAUCUUCAUCCGUAACCCUUCAACACUCCUCCUACAUCUGAUCUUCCUCUCCUACCUCCCCCCACCACUUCGACAAACUACAGGCAUUAAUUGGUGCAAAAAUUUUUUUCUUUGGAGCUUAAUAUGGAAAUCUGCGCCUGAAUGCUAGGUUGAUAACAUAGAGAAAUGUCCAACUUUUCUGAAUUGUAAUUGCGCCUCGGGACAAUCUCCGACCUUACGUACCCUCCUAAAGCCUUUCCAGCUUUCUUUUCAUACAUCAUGCACACACAAGCAGGUUGUUCAGUGUUUCUGUGUUACUGUGUCACCUUAAAAUAAUAUUACUCUGGGCUUUUUAAUUCAAAAGAACUCUUCAUUGCCCACCUUUCAUUGGAAAUAACUUUCCUUGCACAGCAAGAAGCAUGGAAAUUGAAUGCAAUAUGUUGUAUGAUCACAUGACCCAAGAGUGCAUCAAAAAGUGGUUCCCAAAUCGAGAACGCGAUAAAGAUUAGGUCCAGUAAUAGGCUUAGAUAAAACUGGUUCUACUCUUCUUCUUGUGUCUUACAAAUGUGUUGUUACAUGACGUUUUAGGUGGUUAUUGUCGGGGGCUACAGUGACAGUUAUUUAUUCUACAACACAGAAGUCACGACUCGAGAGAUUAUUGGCCUUGUCUUAGCUGGAAAUUUACAAUCGUCAUCAGUAAUCAUAACAGGAGGCACAAAAAUGGAAUCUACGGAUAAUCUCUAUGAUUCAAUUCACAGACUUGACAGCUCCAGUGUACCGAAAGAAGACAGUUUUAGUUUGAUGUUUUCGUGCUUUUCAAGGGGUAUCAUGACGUAUGGAUAUGAAAAUGCCCAGUCGUUGGCAUUUAACGAUACAUUUCCUACCAACCCUCUCGUAGGAUUUUUUGGAACAGCAGCGUUUGGAUGUGACAGGGAAAAUUUGAAGGCUAGAGGUUUAAAGCCUGGAGGUCGAGAUUUCUUACACGUUGAUGCAACGGUGCUCUGUUUAACCUCACUGGCACUGUAACGAAAGACUCUUUAAAAGAGUCUAGGGUUAGUUCGUUGCGGUUUAUUUUAAGUCUUCGAUCAGUUCGGCGAAAUGGCAUAGAGAAUUCGUAAAGUGGGUUUUCGAAGUUGAUUAAUCCAUCAAUGUCUUUUUCCAACACCUUAGGGUAUACUCUGUUUUUCAGACGCUGUAUGUAUAUUUCACUCGACUAAUACAGCAUUUACCGUGACGCCGUGUGCGGUUGUCGAUAUAGCUUAUUUUACUGAAGAGGACUCCUUUGUCCUUUACUUCUACCCUCUAAGCAGGCUCCCGUGCAGAUUUUUUCUUUUGGCAAGAAACUGUUGUACUGCGUUGUUGUACUUAUUUGAUAGUCAACAAUAAAGGUAGAUAGACC